UUCUCUACUCGCCCCCAUUAGUUUGCUGGAAAUUUUGCUGGUGGUUUCGUAGUGGAAGACUGCCAAAGUGAGGGAGCGAGAUGCUGUCCGUGCAGGAGGCCCUUGACCUUGACUUCGGUGCCGCGUCGUCCAGCUGCGGCUCGCGGGACCUGCUGGGCAUGGACAUUAUCACGUGCGGGUUCACGCCGUGGGGGCCCGACACGUGCCCUAGCCUGGACCAGGUUCUGGCGUCGUCGAGGACGUCGCCGGCGGCGCCGGUGCGGGGGCGGGAGGAGGAGGAGGAGGAAGCCGCUGCGCCGGGCGAGGAGCAGGAGGAGGAGCGGCGGCGGCGACAGCGGCGCAAGGAGUCGAACCGCCUGUCGGCGCGGCGGUCGCGCGAGCGGAAGCAGCAGCGGCUGGAGGAGCUCCGCGGCGACGCGGCGCGGCUCCGCGCCGAGAGGCAGCAGCUGGAGGCCCGGCUGCGGGGCCUGUCGGUGCGCGGCGCCGCGGUGUGCCGCCAGAACGCGCGGCUCCGCGCCGAGGCCGCCGCGCUCGCGCGCCGCCUCCGCGUGGCGCGCGGCAGGCUCCUCGCGCUGCGCCGGCUCGCCGCCGCGCACGCCCUGCCGCGCGCGCAGCCGCCGAUGGUGCCGCCGCUGGUGCAGCAGCAGGCCGCCGGUGUCGCGCCGCCGGCGCCCCUGGGGCUCGCGUCGCUCAUGACGUAGGAGGACCGUACGUGCGCCGAUCCCACUCGUCUCACAUGUGAAGUUUUGGCACGGACGGACGGACGCAGGCACGUUAUGGUGAAGCGGGUCUGGGACUGGGAGCAUACACGCUGCUAGUAGCAGGAUAGUAGGGUGCGUGCAGUAUUACAAUCUGCUAUAUACUAGUAGUACAACUAAAUUACUAAAAGGGUCCCGUGUUGACGUGUAGAUUGCAUGAUUAGGUGCUAGCUACAUGGAUCUUGAUGUAAAUUAAAGUGGAAAAAUUAUUUCACCCGGACGGGCGAGCAACUGAACCAA